CUUCUUCCUCAGCAUUAUUGCUGUUUCUAUGCAUGAAGAACAAACACCAAAUCUUAAUUAUGAGGCCUCAAGGACCCACAACCCCACAACUUCAGAGUUUGAAGAAGAUUGAAGAAAAAAUUACCACAACAAAUAAUCCAACAUCCUGCAAGAACCAGAACAAACCGAGCACACCACAAAACAUAUAUUUACUGCGAGCGUGCGAGCACCGAGCACAAAAAAAGGAUACAGAGGUGACAGAAGAGAAAAGGAAAAGCCACAAAAGCUUGCCAUUGAAUAGCAUGGAAGCAUGGAAUUAAACCUUCUUGAGUGUAUAUGUUUUGUGAGUGAGCACAAACAUAACCUUCAAUUUCUAUUUUGUUGUUAUAUUUUGUAAUUAGUUUCAAUACGUUUUUGCUGAUCAGCAAACCAAUAUGCCUGAAAUAAAAAUAACUCCAUUGGGUGCAGGCCAAGAAGUAGGCCGUAGUUGUCUUUUAUUAACCAUGGGUGGUAAAAACAUUAUGCUCGAUUGUGGUAUGCAUAUGGGCUACAACGACGACCGCAGGUUCCCAGAUUUCAGUUAUAUAUCCGACGGUCCUAUAUCUGCAUUUAUCGACUGUGUAAUCAUAUCCCAUUUUCACCUAGAUCACUGUGGGGCCUUGCCAUACAUGUCCGAGAUGGUGGGUUACAAUGGACCUAUCUACAUGACACACCCUACAAAAGCCAUAGCACCCAUUUUGUUGGAAGACAUGAGAAAAGUAUCAGUUGAGAAAAAAGGAGAAAUGAACUUUUUCACUUCCCAAAUGAUUAAGGACUGUAUGAAAAAAGUUAUUGCUGUUACUUUGCAUCAGUCAGUUAUGGUUGACAAUGAUAUAGAAAUAAAAGCCUAUUAUGCAGGUCAUGUGCUUGGUGCUGCAAUGUUUUGGAUUAGAGUUGGGUCACAGUCAGUUGUUUAUACUGGAGAUUAUAAUAUGACUCCAGAUAGGCACUUAGGUGCUGCUUGGAUUGAUAAAUGUAGACCAGACCUGCUCAUAUCAGAAUCCACUUAUGCUACUACAAUUAGGGAUUCAAAAAGGUGCAGAGAAAAAGAUUUUUUGAAGAAAGUACAUGAAUGUGUUGACAAAGGUGGCAAGGUUUUAAUUCCUGUAUUUGCAUUAGGAAGAGCACAAGAACUUUGUAUUUUAUUAGAAACAUAUUGGGAACGUAUGAAUUUGAAAGCACCAAUAUAUUUUGCUCUUGGUCUAACAGAAAAAGCAAACAACUAUUACAAAAUGUUUAUUACUUGGACUAAUCAGAAAAUCAGGAAAACUUUUGUUCAAAGGAAUAUGUUUGAUUUUAAGCAUAUAAAGGCAUUUGAUAGACAGUAUAUUGACAACCCAGGCCCUAUGGUGGUUUUUGCAACUCCUGGAAUGUUGCAUGCAGGAUUGAGUUUACAAAUCUUCAAAAAGUGGGCGCCAAAUGAAAAUAAUAUGAUCAUUAUGCCAGGAUUUUGUGUACAAGGUACAGUAGGGCACAAAAUAUUAAAUGGAGCAAAAACUGUGGAAUUUGAAAAUAGACAAAUAGUUGAGGUGAAGAUGUCUGUGGAAUAUAUGAGUUUCUCAGCUCAUGCAGAUGCUAAAGGUAUUAUGCAACUUAUUCAACAUUGUGAACCACGCAAUGUCAUGCUGGUUCAUGGAGAAGCAGCAAAAAUUGAUUUCUUAAAAGAAAAAAUCCAACAGGAAUUCAACCUACAGUGUUUCAGUCCUGCAAAUGGAGAAACUUCAGUCAUCACUACUCCAGUUAAGAUUCCAGUAGAUGUGUCAUUACCUUUGUUGAAAGCAGAAGCAAAAAAAUUCAGUGGGCUUACACCAGACCCAAAACGUAGGCGAACCUUACAUGGAGUAUUGCUAAUGAAAGAAAAUAGCAUGUGUUUAAUGGAUGUAGAUGAGGCUUGCAAAGAGGCUGGCAUUAACAGGCAUGUUGUCAGGUUUACUUCUACACUGAAUAUAAAUGAUCCAGGACCCUCUCUUACAACAGCUCAUAAAAUACAUGGAUACAUCAGAGAAAAAUUACCAUUAUGCUCUGUGAUAUUUUCUGAAGGAGAAAUUUCUAUUGAAUCAGUGCUUGUCAAAGUAGAGGGUGAUGAUGAUGACCAGAAAAGUGUUUACGUUUCAUGGACAAAUCAAGAUGAAGAACUUGGCAGUCAAAUAUUAAAUCUUAUCAAUCAUAUGGGUAAAGUUUAAAGCUCUGUUACAAUUUUUUAUUAAAGUAUUUUUACAUUAA